UUUCAUGAGUGUAAAGAAAACUACAAUUCCCGCCACGUCACCAGUGAACCCGGAUAUACAAUGGCUGCUCGGUGGCGAUGUUUUUAACGGGAGUAGGCCAUCUUAUUAUUCGUACAUGGAGUAUGCUACAGUGAAGAUGUAAUCCUGUCAUAAAGAAGGUGUGUUUUGUUUGUUACUUUCAUUAUUUUGGAUCCCAGAGGCUGAAACAUUCAAACUAAACCGUCGAUCUGGUGACAACAGCAGCGUUUGUUUAAAUUCAUGGACAAAGACAAGAGCAUCGACAUUCAUGGUCAGUGCUCCUGGAUGGAGAUGCAUCAGUUCAUUGGUGACCUUAUCACAUCUGGAAACACCUCGAAGGAUCAGCCACAUGUGCUGAACGCAGCCUGGGGCGUGGCUGCUGCCGCCGCUGGUGGUGGUGAGGUUCUGGGGUUCAAAGGUGCUUUACUUGAUCAUCUACAAGACAAGUCAGUGGGAGAGCCAGGCGGACAGAUCCAGCCUGGGGCAUCACAGAGGAAGGGAGAGGUCAGAGACCGGAGAGAAGAUGUCCAUUUUGGUUGCACCUGCCCCGGCUGCCCUUACUCCACUUCUCCACCAUCCUUUGAGAUUUUAAAACCCAGACAAUCUUUGUCCUCGUCGUCACACUCCGAUGCAAUAUGCCACCAUUUACCCGACACUGAACCAAGCAGCAGCACCACCACACCUGAGCUAGACACCAGGACGUCUAACCGCCUGCAGCGGGAACAGGCAGACAGAGGGACUCGGAGUCCAGAGCACAACUCCGACACUCUUCCUGCCAGGGUGUCCUCGUCCCACCUCUCCAUGUUUCCCUGUCUGUGUUGCCAUCGCAGCCUCCAGACCUGCGCCCAGUUACUGAGCCAGCAGGAAGCCGCCACAGACUCCCCAUUUUCUCACACGCACGCCCAUCAUCAUUUUCAUCACCACCACUGUCCUAUAACGUCAUGUUUACCAUGCCCUCAGCUUCGCUCUCGUGCGCCACAGCUCUCUGGCCCUUUCCCCUGCUUGACUUGCCCACACUCCACACCUACCUGUACUCAGGAGUGUCACCGCCAGCACAGGCAAACACUAAGUCAGCAACAAGAGGAAAGAGGAGGCCGGGCGGCUUUAAAUUUAUCGCUACACCCCUGUAUGCACUGCUCUGCAUCUUUUUCAAGACCGUCCCAGUUGCUGCAGCACCAGCGCUCCGAGCAUGCCCACAAACCAUCAGGCUUCCUCUGCACUGAGUGCGGCAGGGCCUUCAACUCGCACAGCAACCUCCGCAUCCAUCUCAAUGUGCACACUGGUGCCCGGCCCUACUCCUGCUCUGACUGCGGGAAGAGUUUUAGUCAAUCAGGUGCCCUGAAGAUCCACAGGCGUAUUCACACAGGCGAAAGGCCAUAUUCCUGUGGAUUUUGUGGCAGGGGUUUUCCUCAUCUGGCAGGGGUCCGGGCCCAUCAGAGGACCCACACAGGAGAGAAGCCCUACCGCUGUAGCCAGUGUGGGAAAUGUUUCACCCAGUCAGGAGCUCUUAAGAUCCAUACCCGCAUCCACACAGGAGAGAGGCCCUUUAUAUGCAGUAUCUGUGGGAAAGGCUUCUCCAAUCGCUCCGGGAUCCGCUUCCACUACCGCACAGUCCAUGGACUGGCCCCUGACCAUGCUGGAGAAGCUGGAUCUGGGAGUGCAUCUCGGGGACCAGCAGGCCGUAGUUAUCCACCUGGACGUCCCAGAACAUUUCCUCCUGCCACCCUCGGGGUAAAUCCACCCAACAGCCCAGAUAGAGACUCACGUACAGCUCCAAACUCUACAGACUCUCUUGUGUCGACUGCUGCUCGUCCCAGCUCCUCUCUGCUUGGCCCUAAUGAGAGCAAAUCUCAGUCAGACGGAGCAAACAGAGAGGGGCUUCUGUAUGCAUGUGAAGACUGUGGCCUACGUUUUAAGGAUGCUCCGUCCAGGAACAGACACCAGACUCUGAUGCACUACUCCUCUGAGGGGAGAGAGGAGGAGGAGGGGCAGAGGAAAGAGUUAAGCACAAACGAGAGGGUCCACGAUAACAGUGGAGAGUGAAAAAAUGUUGUUGAUACCACAGGCUGAACGAGAACACCGAAAGACCCAAAUAAAUCGUUUUUUAAAAGUAAUUUGUCUAAAACA